CAAAAAUUCCAUUCUUUCACUACACAUUCUACUAUGGAGAGCGUACUGGAGCAGCAGAGAAGUGCUCACGAAGAGAUCGAGCGCUUAGAACAAGCCAUCGUCGAUCAGUACAUGAAUCAGCCGAAAACUCAAAAGGAACGACUAGAGAAUGAACACGUUGUCAACAAGUUUCUGAACAAAAUAACUGAAAAGAGCCAGCAGUUGUACGAUCUUUACGAGGACAAGGACGGAGCGCGGAAGAAAGAGAUAGACGCAUUAGCAACAACAUCUGACACAUUUGGAGAUUUCUAUGAACGACUCCGAGUUAUAAAGGAUCAUCAUCGCAAAUAUCCCAAUGAAUUUGUUGUACCAUCAGAACUACAAUUCAUCAUUCAAGAAAGACAAAAGCUCGAGGACGGUUCUGAAGAAGCUGAACUAGAUACUCUCUUCUCUGGAGAAGAAGGAAAUGGUCGGUUUUUGGAUCUUAACCCGUUAUAUACACAAUACAUCAACCUUAAGCACAUCAAACGGGUGGACUAUUUGGCAUAUCUUUCAAACUUUGACGACUUCAAAGGAUCAUAUCCUAAGGAAACAAAGACAACAGCGGAUUACAGGAACUAUUUGACAGCGUUGCAAUCUUACCUUGAAAGCUUCUUCGCCAGAGCAAAGCCUCUUUACAAUCUUGACGCUUUACGAGAAAAGUCCAAGGAAAAGUUCGAGUCAGAUUGGAAAGAGAAGAAGGUGCCAGGAUGGGAAAAGAAGCUUGGGGAGGAGGAGGAAGCUGCACCAGAGCUAUUUUGCAUCGCAUGCCAAAAGCAGUUCAGCAAGCAAACAGUGUUCGAUGGUCACUUGACAGGAAAGAAGCAUAUAAAGGCGCAAAAGCAGCUAUUGGAGCAAAAAGGACCCAAUCUUGAUCAAGCCGAAAUAGAGAAAGCCAGACAAAAGGCAUUAGAAGAGAAGGAGGACAAGGAUAAGCCUGUUGCAUGGCAAGAAGUCCUGAUCUCAAGCUACGUAGACGCGCUAUCAAGUCACCGUGAAGAUACCAAGGCUAACGUUGAACGAAAGCAAGCACUUACAGAUAGGGAGCGAGCGAUAGAACAAGAGCAGGAAGAUCAUGAACUCGUUGAAAACGAGUCUGAUGACGAUGACGAAGACAAGAUUUACAAUCCUCUCAAACUCCCUCUUGGCUGGGACGGCAAACCCAUUCCUUACUGGUUGUACAAGCUUCAUGGUCUCGGUGUUGAAUAUCCAUGCGAGAUUUGCGGUGACUUCGUAUAUAUGGGUCGCAAAGCAUUUGACAAACAUUUCCAAGAGUGGCGACACGCCCAUGGUAUGCGUGCUCUAGGUAUACCAAAUACACGCCAUUUCCAUGAAAUAACGCAAAUAGAUGAUGCAUAUACUCUAUGGGAUAAACUCAAAAAGAAAGGUAGAGCGGAUGAGUUCAAAGCUGAUACGUUGGAGGAGUUUGAAGACGCCGAAGGCAAUGUAUUCAACAAGAAGACAUAUGAAGACCUUAAGCGACAAGGCAUUCUCUAGACGUGGAUCAUAUCUUUUUUUCCAUGUUUACGCAAGAAAAAUAGAAAAAUAAUGUGCUAGUUCAGUAGUCCUUAGGGUGAUUAUUAUUUUCGCAAAUUUUAACAAUGUAAUAUCGAUUUUUUUUUCUCAAAUUGAACUGGUGUUGAUGAAGUGAAAACCUG